UUGGUAAGUAACACUGACUAAUCAUCGUAGGACAGCAGACAGCUGACAUCGGUUCACAGGAACAGGUGGUCUGUGGUGGACUGAAGGGACUGUUCAGGACCCACAGAAACCCACUGAAUAGUUCAUGUGAUGGACAUUUAAAGAUAAGGAGCCUUUAUCGUCACUUCAUUGACUGAGAUAAGGAGGUGGAUUAUAUUCACUGGAUGAUAAAAAAAAAAACAGGAAGCCACUAGACGUUCUACUUGUUCACUUCAUCACACAGUACGGACACAUCUCUGAGUGUUACUGGUGUGUUGUGACUCCUUUGGGUCUUCAGGAGCUUUAGUCAGUGUUUACCGUAUCAUCCCACCAUCUCAGAAGUCGUGUGCAUGCAUCAACACGUUCUCUUCACUCCCGCCCGUCCACAAACAUCAGUUGUUACACCUGCUCCAGCUACAAUGAAAACAAAGGGCACUAAUCUAACACACCACAUUCCCAAAGAAACACCCAGAGUGCACUCCUUCACCCCUGUCACCACCUUCCACAAAACACCUCAGAUGUCCUUCAGGUCACCAAAGCGAGGAAGAGGGGGUGCACUGCAUGUCUGGAUAGCAUGGAAUAUUUAUUACCAGGAGAAAAUCAAGAAAGAGCAUGCAAAUUGUAUUAGUCUGCAUCAAGAAGUAACACCCGAAUAUCCUGUAACUAGUCUACCUGAUGUGGUGCUACACAAGGAACCCUUCACUCACCAAAAUCCAGACUCUCCGUGUAGACAGGCAGUGCAUGGAAGCAAUAACAGGACUGAUGUGGGAAAAACAGUGGAAAACGUAAAACAGUUUCAGUGUCAUCCAGCUCAUCCUGACAUGCCCUCAGCAUCAUCUCGCCUCAGUCACACUGUCAAGAGGGUGAGCUUUGACUGGGAGAAACAACCUCCAAAAACAGAUGAGAAGGAGCACAGACACCAGCGGCUGGAAGCCUCACCUCUGAUGGAUAAGACGUGGAAACUCAGGGAGACUCCUGUCGUGGUUGCCGGACACUGCUGGGACAGGAAGAGGCAGUGUGAGUCUAGCAGCUUCAGUAAAGUGAAGAGAAUGAAGCAGGAAAUCAGCAACAACCGGUCUGAGUCUGCCAGGAUACUCCACACACAUCUAUCAUCACACAACGUACCUGUGCAACAUGUUACCGGUGAGGUUUCUGCUUUUUAUUCCAAAAGCAGAUGUACCACAGUGCAACACCGAACUCCUAUGAAGCCUGCAGCUGAAAUGUACUCACACCAAACUGCAUUAUGGGGGAUACAGAAGAAAACUGAUCUCCCUUCCAGGCAAAACCUUCAAAGAGACAAUACACUAAAUACAUGCAAUGCAAUCAGGAUACCAUGUGUAGCCCAGAGAGACACAGAGGCUUUAACUGGCAUCCCAACGCUUCCACUUUAUUUCUCUCCUGGUUUGAGGGAACAUGAGCGUUCUUGUAUCAGGCAAAGGAUGUUUCUACAGUCACAUGUUCACAACUCCUACCUCCUCUACUGUCAGCAUCCUCUCCCCCAUCAUGGCUUCAUAACACCUUCCUACUCAGGACUCUGAGUCGACACAGACAAUCUGGAGAAAAAUAGAGCAGCUACUUUCACAACAAACACUGACUUAGACUGUGAUUAUCAUGGCCACGGGUUGGUCUGUUGUGUUUGCAGUGAAAUAAAAGGAGAUCAACUUAUAUUCUGACAC